CUCUAGACUCGUAUGGAAGGGCCUUUUGCCUCCCUCCCCCUCCGUCUCUCAUUAUAUAUUCGCGUGGGCGCUCACCCACUUCUUUGCUCCAAAAGAGAGAGAUUUGUACCCAAAAAGAAUCCCAUUGCCGGCCAUUUCUUGUCUUCCUUUCUGCUCUCCGUCGGAACCUAAAGCCAUCGCAACGAUGAGUCGACAUCCAACUACAAAGUGGGCUCAAAGAUCUGAUAAGGUGUAUCUCACCAUUGAGCUACCGGAUGCAAAGGAUGUGAAAUUGAACCUGCAACCAGAUGGGCACUUUUAUUUCUCCGCAACUAGUGGAGCAGAUAAUACGCCGUAUGAGAUCGACUUUGAAUUAUUGGACAAGGUCAGCGUGGAGGAGAGCAAAGCUGCUAUUGGAUUGAGGAACAUAUGCUACCUAGUGAAGAAAGCUGAGAAGAAAUGGUGGAGCAGGCUGCUGAAGAAGGAGGGGAAGCCUCCUGUGUUCUUGAAGGUUGAUUGGGACAAAUGGAUUGAUGAAGAUGAUGACAAUGAACAUAGUAGAUUUGGAGAUAUGGACUUCGGCGGUAUGGACUUCUCGAAGUUGGACAUGGGUGGUGCUGAUGAUGAGCUUGAAGACGAUGCUGCUGAUGCCAUUGACAUUGACAAGGAUGGAGAUAAUGAAACGGAAGAGAACAAGGCAGAAGGUAGUAAUGUGGAGGAGGUAGCCCAAGCUGCAGCUACUAAUGAAUCCGAGCCAAAAGCAUGAGGCUUUCCAGCCGGCUGAGAUUUCCCUCUUAUUAACUCCUGUGAGGAACUUUGACAUAUGUUAAAGGCGAUGCCCUCGUUUUGGGGAAUGCCGGAUGUCCUGUUUCAUUUUUGCUUUAAUUUUGAGAUGUUAGUAAAGGCAAUUUGAGACUUAAAAAGAGUUGCAAUAUUUGGAUAUACUGCUUUUAUGGCAAAAUCAUUUAGUCACGGAUAGCUGGGACUUA